GCGGCGGCGGCCAUUUUUCCUCCCGGCAGCUGCUCCGGGUGCAAGUGCGGGGUCCGCGGCCCUGCCGGCGCUCGGGCUCGGCCGCAGCGGCGGGGAGGCGUGGAUGAGGGGGGAGGUGGCCGAGGGCUGCCCCCAGUGUCGCCGCCCCUCCCCCCCAGGGCAGUCCGGGCGGGCAGAGCGCCGGCGGGCGCGGGCUCGGGGUCACUUCCUGGCGCGGCCUCGUCCUUGCCGCUCCCCUCCCGCCGGAACCCUCCCCCGGUCGCUGUCCCCGCCGGGGACCCUCCCCCGGGGCCCGCCCGCGCUCUCAGGGUCGGGCCCUCCCAGAUGGGAUAGGCUGUAAAGAUGUUUAGUUUUGAAGGGGAUUUCAAAACCAGGCCCAAGGUGUCUCUGGGAGGCGCGAGCCGGAAGGAAGAAAAGGCUUCUCUUUUACAUCGUACUCAGGAAGAAAGAAGAAAGAGGGAGGAAGAAAGACGAAGAUUGAAAAAUGCAAUAAUUAUCCAGUCAUUUAUUCGAGGCUAUAGAGACAGAAAACAGCAAUACUCCAUCCAGAGAAGUGCAUUUGAUCGCCAUGCCAGCUUGUCCCAGCCCGGUGGCACUUUUUCCAUCGCCAGCGGUCCCAACCUUACCCUUUUGGUGAGGCAGCUUCUGUUUUUUUACAAACAGAAUGAAGACUCAAAACGCUUGAUAUGGAUGUAUCAGAACCUAAUUAAAUAUAGCUCUUUGUUUGUCCAGCAGUUGGAUGGAUCUGAGAGACUUACGUGCUUAUUUCAAAUAAAGAGGUUGAUGAGCCUCUGUUGCAGGUUACUGCAGAACUGUAAUGAUGACAGUUUGAAUGUUGCACUUCCAAUGAGAAUGCUUGAGGUGUUUUCCUCUGAGAACACCUAUUUGCCUGUUUUACAAGAUGCUAGCUAUGUGGUGUCUGUGAUUGAACAAAUUUUGCACUACAUGAUUCAGAAUGGGUAUUAUAGAUCUCUCUAUUUGUUAAUUAACAGCAAGCUUCCAUCAAGUAUUGAAUAUUCUGAUUUAUCUCGAGUUCCUAUAGCAAAAAUUUUGCUAGAGAAUGUUUUAAAACCAUUGCACUUUACUUACAACUCCUGUCCAGAAGGUGCAAGGCAACAAGUUUUUACAGCCUUCACGAAGGAGGUCCUGGCAGCCCCCUUCACGGAGCAGGUCUUCCACUUUGUCAUUCCCGCCUUGGCCGACGUGCAGACCGUCUUCCCCUAUGAGCCCUUCCUGAAUGCACUGUUGUCCAUAGAGGGUCCACACUCCAAGACCAGUGGUGGAGCGCCGUGGCUCUUCUACUUUGUUUUAACUGUUGGUGAAAAUUAUUUGGGGACCCUCUCUGAGGAAGGACUGCUAGUGUAUUUGAGAGUCCUCCAGACCCUCCUUUCUCAGUUGCCGGUUUCACCUGCCAACACAAGCUGUCAGGAUUCAGCCAGUGACUCUGAAGAUGAGAGUGGAGAGACAGACACGCAGACAAGUGCUCCAGAGGAUGGUAGACUGUCAGUACCGUACAUAACCGAGGAAUGUCUGAAAAAGUUGGAUACGAAACAGCAGACCAACACCCUGUUAAACCUGGUCUGGAGGGACUCAGCCAGCGAGGAGGCCUUCACGCUGAUGGCGGCCAUCUGCCAUACCCUCAUGGUGCAGCACCGCGUCAUGGUGCCCAAGGCCAGGCUUCUCUACAGUUUAGCCUUCAAUGCCAGGUUUCUGAGACACCUUUGGUUUCUCAUAUCUUCUAUGACAACACGGAUGAUCACAGGGUCUAUGGUACCAUUGCUUCAGGUGAUAUCAAGGGGUUCUCCUAUGUCUUUUGAAGAUUCUAGUAGAAUCAUCCCACUCUUUUACCUUUUCAGCUCCUUGUUUAGUCAUUCACUGAUUUCCAUACAUGAUAAUGAAUUCUUCGGUGAUCCCAUAGAAGUUGUAGGUCAGAGACAAUCAUCAAUGAUGCCUUUUACUUUAGAAGAGCUGAUAAUGCUGUCUCGAUGCCUUCGAGAUGCGUGCUUAGGGAUCAUCAAGUUGGCUUAUCCAGAAACAAAACCGGAAGUUCGAGAAGAAUAUAUUAUAGCAUUUCAAAGUAUCGGAGUUACUACUAAUUCUGAAAUGCAGCGGUGUAUACAGAUGGAACAGAAGCGAUGGGUUCAGUUAUUUAAGGUUAUCACCAACCUAGUGAAAAUGUUGAAGUCCAGAGACGCGAGGAGAAAUUUUUGUCCUCCCAAUCACUGGCUGUCAGAGCAAGAAGAUAUUAAAGCAGAUAAGGUCACCCAGCUCUACGUCCCGGCGUCCAGAAGUGCGUGGAGGUUCCGCCGAAUGGGGAGGAUCGGCCCCCUGCGGUCCACCCUGGACGUAGGUCUGGAGUCCCCGCCACUGUCUGUGUCUGAGGAGAGACAGCUUGCCAUCCUAACAGAGUUGCCCUUUGUGGUUCCGUUUGAGGAGCGAGUAAAGAUCUUUCAAAGGUUGAUUUAUGCAGAUAAGCAAGAAGUUCAAGGAGAUGGUCCAUUUCUGGAUGGAAUUAAUGUCACAAUAAGAAGAAAUUAUAUUUAUGAAGAUGCUUAUGACAAACUUUCCCCAGAAAAUGAGCCUGAUCUGAAAAAGCGGAUCCGUGUGCACUUACUCAAUGCACAUGGCCUGGACGAAGCUGGCAUUGACGGUGGUGGUAUUUUCAGAGAGUUUCUAAAUGAACUACUGAAGUCGGGGUUUAACCCCAACCAGGGCUUCUUUAAGACCACUAACGAAGGGCUGCUGUACCCCAACCCAGCUGCCCAGAUGCUUGUGGGGGAGUCCUUUGCCAGACAUUACUACUUCCUGGGCAGGAUGCUUGGAAAGGCUCUCUAUGAAAAUAUGCUGGUGGAAUUGCCCUUUGCUGGCUUUUUCCUGUCCAAGCUGCUUGGAACCAGCGCGGAUGUGGACAUCCACCACCUGGCUUCCUUAGACCCCGAAGUGUAUAAGAAUUUGCUUUUUCUCAAGAGCUACGAAGGUGACGUGGAGGAGCUGGGGCUGAACUUCACUGUGGUGAACAAUGACCUCGGAGAGGCACAGGUGGUCGAACUGAAAUUCGGUGGCAAAGAUAUCCCGGUGAACAGUGCCAACCGGAUUGCGUACAUCCACCUGGUGGCCGACUACCGGCUGAACAGGCAGAUCCGCCAGCACUGCCUGGCGUUCCGGCAGGGCCUGGCCAACGUGGUGAGCCUGGAGUGGCUGCGGAUGUUCGACCAGCAGGAGAUCCAGGUAUUAAUUUCUGGUGCACAAGUUCCCAUUAGUCUGGAGGACUUAAAAUCCUUUACAAACUAUUCAGGAGGCUAUUCUGCUGACCACCCCGUAAUCAGAGUCUUCUGGAGAGUUGUGGAAGGGUUCACGGAUGAGGAAAAGCGCAAACUGCUCAAGUUUGUGACCAGCUGCUCCCGCCCCCCUCUCUUGGGGUUUAAGAGGGAGAAAUAAGCAUGCAAAACAAGACAACCAAACCAACUCUAUUUACCAGAUAAUAGAAAACAAAGUUAAGGUGGACAAUCAUAAAACAGAAAACAGAGAAAUGCGAGCAAGCUGAACUGCCACGACAGUGAGCGUGCGUGGAGCGAACGCAUUUAGUAGAAAAAAAGCACUCAGACUGAGUCAGGAAAAAACUGAGCAAGUGACACACGUAAGCAAAGUGAUUCAGGAAGAUCAGUGAUGCUUCUAGCUUGGUGUAUAACCCCCCCUCCUCCCAAAAGAAAUAGAUGGAUCUACUUCGCGGGUUUAAGCCCUGGCCUGCAGAACCAGAUAUGAACAUUGGCCUCUGUGACUCUAAUGAAAAUUGGGCAACAACGUGAACGAAACAUGUCUCCACGUUUGGGUUCCUCUUGGGCUUGUAGCGAAGUCUUUAAAUCUGGCCGUGUGGGAUCUAAAGAGCAGGAAGAAGGCAGAUGAGAAGUGCCAGCCGCGCAAGUGCACGGAGCUAAUACAGGAGGUUCCCCGUGGGGACAGUCAGUCUCGUCUAUCUAAACAGUCGUAUGAAUUAAGUUCUUGUAUAUUAAGAUUUUAACAUGAUUAGGUAAUUUUGUCAGCAACAUCUAUUAUGAGAGACAAAGCUUUCCAGUGUCUUCCAGUUUCAAAACCACACCAAACCUAGAAGUAAGAAAACUAAGCGUCUAGUUUCAAGAAGGGAAGUUUGGAGGGACCUACUCCAUCAAAAAACUGAGUGGAAGACCUAGAGAUUUCUGCCAGCUCCUGGUUAAUUAAAGUCCGUGGUUUUUGCUUCAGUAAAAAUUAGGAGUCUUGCUGGAAGCUUCUAGACAUUCUGACAGCCAGUGGAAGAGCCAGUAGGAGUAUUACACGUUUGGAGGACAGGAAAAGUUGAGGGACUUACAUUAACUUUCAAAAUCCCAAGUAGAAUUAUAGUGAAAAUUCUCUGGUCCCGUGUUGAUGAUCCCAUAUAAUCAUAAUUGAGUUACCAUUAUACCGUGAAAAAUAACUUUCUGGAAGCCAUGAGACAGUCUUCCUGUUUCACAUUUUUUUCAAUGAUCUGAAGCAUUUUAAAUGUGAAAUUUAUUUAAGAUUUUUAAAUGCUUUUGUGGUGGUCAUUAGACUCCAGAUCUGGGGAAAUCGCCGUAAUAUUUAUGCUUUCCAGUUAGCUCAGCGUGUGUGCUGAAAGGGCUGACAGAAUGCGGAUUUGAAAGAAGAGAAGGGCUUUUAGUUGAAGUACUAUCAGUAGCAGUGGCAGGCAUGCAUAAUCUCAACGUUAUGAAACUCCUUAUUGCCAGAUUAUUGGAGAAGAGCAGCAUCUGCUAAAGCUAAUUGAAGUUUAAUAUGUUUAAUGAAUGUGAUUGUUACAGACCAAAAAAAUCAUUAAAGUGCUGUAGAAAAUUGUUAAGUUGCCAUCAGGCCACAUAAUAAAUUGGUGAUUUUUCUCACUCUGAAUUAAUGCAAAUUCCCGUUGUACUCUGUUUAGUUAUGCACAAGAUGGUACACUUGACUCAGGUUUCAACAAAGAACUUCAUUUUUUUUUAACUUUUGAGACACCAAAUAGGAAAUUCAAUUAGCAUUAUGAUAGAAACAGUAAAAUGUGGCAUUUAACUGCAAAAUAUAUUUCAAACUUUCCGUUUACCAAUCAUUUAUCCAUUUACCCAGUACUCACUGACCCUGCCUUCAGAGACCCUUUUCUGUUUCAAAAAUGUGAUGUUUUUAUUUUAGUAUAUUCAAGCAUUUGAGAAAAUU